GCUCUAAACCCUAACCCUCACGCCGCAGAGCUAAGAUUUCCUCCUCAAUUGCCCGCCACCGAAUUCUGCUGCAUUUGGCCAGGUUCUUUGACAAACUGUUGCAAAGAUGCAGAACGAGGAAGGACAGAACAUGGAUCUUUACAUCCCAAGGAAAUGUUCCGCUACAAAUAGGUUGAUCACCUCAAAGGAUCAUGCCUCUGUUCAGGUCAACGUUGGGCAUUUGGAUGAGAGGGGCAUCUACACUGGCAACUUCUCUACUUUUGCUCUCUGUGGUUUUGUUCGUGCCCAGGGUGAUGCUGACAGUGCCCUUGAUCGUCUUUGGCAAAAGAAGAAAGUUGAAGCUCGUCAACAGUAGAAUUAGACUAUAAUGAGAUUUUGCAUUGAUCUAAAUUCCUAUUUUGUUUAGCAAUUGAGUGAAUUUUCUGUUUUGGAACUGAGAUCUUUUCUGUUGUGUACUAUGCCAACUUUGGCCCUAGCUUGAAAAUUUUAAGGCUAUAUCUUGAAUGACAUAUUCAGCUGGUGAACCUUCAGUCAUGGUGUUAAGGUUCUGGCAAAUGUUUUGCAUGAGAGCAGCUUGGCCAUGGUCAAUAGGCAAAUGAAUGAUAACUGUGUGAAACA